GCUUGCCGUUGAUUGCGACCUAAUAAUGAAACUCCCAAGUUUCUAGAUUUCAACAUUGGAGACAAUAUUGGUAUAUGUGCGAAGUCCCUUACAAGUAUCAAUCAAGAGAAAAACUUCCCUUUCCUUCAACAUACAGCGCAAACAAGUUGCGCGGAGAUCCUCGAGGAAAUAUGGCAGAAAAUUACAUUUUACAAGUUACUGCCGGCUCAAAAUAUGAUGUCAGUACACAUCAGAUUGUACCGGUCAAUCAAGCAAAGACAAUUAGGAUUGAGAACGAACUUUGUGAGGUGGAUUUGAAUGUCAGGAUCCAAGAUUAUCGCGGACUACCCAAAUCUUCGCCCACUACCUCUCCAUACUUUUCUCUGCCACCGCAUGAUAAUAAUAAAGAUCAAUAUAGUAUUGGGUUUCGAUUCAAACCGAAGAAGGAUAUCAAUGCGGAUGAUUUAGUUUUUGGAAAUGAUUUUGAUCAUCCAAUUAGAGAUCGUCUGCCCCCGGGGUUCAAUACAGCUUUCAGAAUUGUGAAGUGGAUGGUAGAUCCAGGGCUGGAUGGAGAUGUUUAUGCAGACGAACCAUAUUUGUAUGGGCCAGCGGCGAGUUCAUUCAAUGUGCUGUAUGUUGGGGAGGGAGGAGAGGGAGCUGACGAGGAGGAGAAUGCGGGGUUGGUGUUCGAAGAAGGCGGGGAUGAGGAGGGCGAGGAACAUCGGGAGGAGUGUGGAAUUCCAGAUGGGGAGGCGGCGAGGAAGAAGUACUUCUUGACGGAGGCGAAUAGGAAAGAAUGGGAUUGGGAAGAGGGGAGAACUUAUGGGUGUGAUUUCUUCAAUGCAUAUCUAGAUUUUAACAAUUUCGCUCUCAAACUGCCAGGUUUUACAAUGCCCAUAAUGAAAUAUUGGGAUGGACAAGGUCUUCGGAAAGAGCAAAAGCGCUCACAUACGCUCAGAUAUGUACUGAAAAACCGCAAGACUGGAGAAGUCUUAUUCGCGGUAGUCUUUACGCUUUAUCUGAAAGAAGAUGUGGAUGAGAAUGGGAACCUGAAGAAGGGGGUUGAAGGAGGGAAACCUCUUGAUCAGCUACCUAAAGAUGUUGCUGAGAAACAUUUAAGGGAGAAGAACGAGGAAGUGAGAAGUGAGCAGGUGGCAGAGAAGGCGGAGCAAUCUACUAAUGACCACGACGAUGGUGAUAUUGACUGAGGCAAUCUUUCUGGGGGAAAUUGCACAUAAGAGAAGGUCGUAAGAUACAUCAGGUAAAUCAGGUAUAAAAAAAAAAAGAUAAUGUAAGAUAGAUAGAUAUUUCCAACAUUGAAAAGGCUGAAAUUAUAUAUUCCGAAUUCACACAAUACACAAUACAUAGCACUUCGCACA